UUGACUCAAGCUUUAGUCCAAAUCAUCGUCGGUUAGGAUUUACCUCGCAGGGGGUUAGCCUGACCGAAGCUCCGGUGAAGUGAGUGGUUUGUGUCCAAGUGUCUCAGAAUGCCGCCCCAGGAGAAGAUGCCCGAGACGGGCUCCAGCCAGGAGUGCGAGAGCCAAUUGGAGAUGCAAUGCAACGGAUACACAAACGGCGCUUUCGUCCCCGAUAACGUCAAGGAGGAGAAAAAGGACGAAAAGGACGAGAAAGGAUUCGAGUUCGAUGACUUGCUGCCGCGUAUCGGCGAGUUCGGGAUGUACCAGAAGAUCCUCUUUCUGAUGAUGAUUCCCUUCUCGUUUUUCGUGGCUUGGGUCUAUUUUACACAGAUCUUUAUUACCAUUAUACCGGAGCAGCAUUGGUGCUGGGUCCCUGAACUUGCCAAUAUGACGGUGGACGAAAGGAUAGCUCUGGCCAUUCCGCGGGACAGCGACGGCUCGCUGGAAAAAUGCCAAAUGUACGACGUGAAUUUUGAGGAAGUGGUGCGAAAUAAAAUUCCCGUUAACACAUCCUGGCCGACGACUUCCUGCAAAAAUGGCUGGGAAUAUAAUUACACUGAAGUUCCCUAUUCGUCGAUCGCGACAGAGCAAAACUGGGUUUGCGAAAACUCGGCUUUGCCCCACACCGCUCAGUCAAUUUUUUUCUGUGGAGCCAUCCUUGGCGGCUUGGUCUUCGGCUGGAUUGCUGACCGAUUCGGCCGAAUCCCUGCUCUUGUGGGGACAAACCUCGUGGGUUUCGUCGGAGGAAUCGCUACAGCUUUCUGUAGCGCGUUCUGGACGUUCUGCCUCUGCAGGUUCUUGGUCGGGAUGGCUUUCGACAACUGCUUCACAAUGAUGUACAUUCUGGUAUUGGAGUACGUGGGCCCGAAAUGGAGGACCUUCGUGGCCAACAUGUCCAUUGCAAUUUUCUUCACGUUUGCAGCUUCGAUUUUGCCUUGGAUUGCUUAUUAUUUAGCCGAUUGGAAAAUGCUGUGUUACGUCACUUCGGCCCCUCUGGUACUCGCCAUUGUCACGCCCUGGCUGGUACCGGAAUCCGCAAGGUGGCUAGUGUCUCAAGGCAAAUUUGACAAAGCCAUCGGCAUCCUACGGAAAUUCCAAAGAAUCAAUAAAACCAAAGUCGAGGAAGAAACAUACAACAAAUUCAAAGCCAGCUGUUUGAAAACCCAAAAAGAGGAGGAAAUGGACAAGGCCUACACAGUCCUGGACUUGUUCAAAACGCCCCGUUUGCGCAAAAUCACUCUUUUGUUGAUCGUCAUGUGGAUGGCCAUUUCCUUGGUGUUUGACGGCCAUGUGCGGAACGUGGGCUCGCUGGGUUUGGACAUUUUCCUGACUUUUACCAUCGCAAGCGCCACGGAAUUCCCAGCUGACACCUUCCUGACUCUGGUGCUGGACGUCUGGGGCCGGCGAUGGUUGGCUUGUGGGUCCAUGGUCCUGAGCGGAAUCUUCAGUCUUCUUGCCACGACAGUGCCCUAUGGAGUCCCUUCAGCCGCGCUGGCCAUCAUGGGCCGAUUUGCAGUUAACAUUUCCUACAACAUUGGGCUCCAAUACGCCGCUGAGCUGCUGCCCACCGUUGUGAGGGCCCAAGGAGUGGCCCUGAUCCACAUAAUGGGCUACGUUGCGAGCAUUCUGGCGCCGUUUGUUGUCUACUUGGCGAACAUUUCGGUCGACUUGCCUCUUUUGAUUUUGGGGGUUUUGGGCAUUGUCGGGGGAAUCUUGGCGCUCUUUCUGCCGGAAACUUUGGACCAAGAGUUACCACAAACACUGCAGGAUGGGGAAAACUUCGGGAUGGGGCAGAAGAUUUGGGACUUCCCGUGUGCUAAAAAGAGUGUUGACGAUGAUAAAGGGGGAGAGUUUAGGAGGUCGUCUUCGAGGAGGUCAUCAUUGCGAGCGUCUUUCAGGGGGGAGAUUAGAUCGAGUAUGAUCAACAGGUCCUCGAUUCGUUCACGAAAAUCCAUUUGUAUUCCCGAAAACCAAAUCGCUUGAAAUUGAUGAUUCAGUAUUUUCUGCGUGAUAAGCAUACGUGGUGUGCGUACAAUUGUAGAUGGUUGACCAUCUGUUUGUCUGUGGUAUUACUUUUAGAACGUACUGUAUAUAAUCCAUGUAGAUAGUUGUAUUUUAAUUGUUUUUGUAUAAAAAUACUAUUUUAAAUUACAGCUAGUGUGUUUUAAAGUGCCUUUAUCUCAAUGAUUUGAAUUUUAUUUUUAAAACAUAAGAUACGAUUUUUUAUGUUUGUAAGUUGGAAUGUAAUCCUAAAGUUCCUAAUAAAAUAUUUAUCGAAAACUUUA